AUUGUCAGCAUUUCGGCCAAAACCACCGCCCAUGUUGCGUACAUUAAAAUUCACUUCACCUUCAGGCCGUAAAGAUUAGUAAUAUUCGCCAUGGAUAACGAAGAAUUAACAAUGAAAGCUGCAAAAAGGCGAGAACGUCAAUCAGGUCCAAGCAGCGCUUUACAUGAUGCAGAAGCCUUGGAAAGUGGAGACUCUGACAUUGGCUUCUGUGGCUGGAUGUUGGUGGGGUUGUCUCUUCUGCUCAUGCUGGUCACACUGCCCAUUUCCAUUUGGAUGUGCAUCAAGAUUGUGAAGGAGUAUGAGAGGGCCAUUAUAUUCCGCCUCGGGCGCCUGUUGCGAGGAGGAGCCAAAGGACCAGGUUUGUUCUUCAUCUUGCCGUGCACUGACAGCUUUAUCAAUGUGGACAUGCGCACCAUCACCUUCGACAUCCCACCACAAGAGGUUUUGACUAAAGACUCAGUGACAGUGAGUGUGGAUGGUGUGGUCUACUACCGGGUUCAGAAUGCUACUCUGGCCGUAGCCAACAUCACUAACGCCGAUGCCGCCACGCGCCUAUUGGCCCAGACCACACUGAGGAAUGUUCUCGGUACCAAGAACCUCGCAGAGAUCCUUUCAGACCGUGAAGAAAUUGCGCACAGCAUGCAGUCCACUCUGGACGACGCUACUGAUGACUGGGGCAUCAAGGUGGAGCGAGUGGAAAUCAAAGAUGUCAAGCUGCCCCUGCAGCUCCAGAGAGCCAUGGCGGCCGAGGCUGAGGCCACGCGGGAGGCCAGAGCCAAGGUUAUCGCAGCAGAAGGUGAGAUGAACGCCUCAAGGGCGCUGAAGGAAGCGUCGCUGGUGAUCGCGGAGUCUCCGUCUGCCCUGCAGCUGCGCUACCUGCAGACCCUCAACACCAUCGCCGCCGAGAAGAACUCCACCAUCAUUUUCCCUCUCCCUCUGGAAAUGAUGCAGGGCUUCACUAAACACUAAUCCUCCCUCACGUGUAACCGUUACAUGCAACAAGUUAGGCAUCGAAAACGCAAAAGUGACCUUACGCUCAUACAAAUAUAUCUCAUGUAAUGCCUGAAGCUGCAGUUCUGCUGCAUCCACUGCCAAUGUACAUGUAAUUACUUACGAGGUUUUAUUUUGCAAGGUAUUUUACGUCCACACUGUGUCAUUGCAUAUUUUUUACCAACGUGUUUCCGCAGCCUCACUUCCAACCACGCACAGUAAGUACGCAACAUACAAUACCAGGGGAAAAAAAAAGUCAUUUCUGUCCAUUCUUGCUGUUUAGUCGAGUUUGUGCAUAUAUAAUUUUUAUAAGGGCAGUGAAUGAGUUCUAAAGCUGACCAAGUGAAGUAAGAUUUCAAUGUUGAUUCCUUUGCAACCUGGGCCAGAGUCUGACACCAAUAGCAGAAAACGGGGUCGGGAGUGUCUGCACAAAGACACCAUGAAACAGGACACGACGUGACUAAAGAUGACAAGACUAGUUUAUUUUAUACAUGUUUGAGUUGCUAUUCAUUAGUGACCAUCAAAAGUAUUCUAAGAUGAAAGUUAAUGUAACAAUGCCAUCUGCUGGAACUCUCUUGCUACUAACAUACACAUACUGUAUAUAUUUUUAGAGCCAUGCAAAGGAUCAACAUCUAAUGAUGUACAACUAAAGGAGUUCCUACUAAACUCCAUCCCAUCUGUUUUCUAUAGGGCUUAUCCUCAUUAGGGUCGUGGGCAUGGGGCACCCUGUCCCAGCUAUCUUUGAGGGGUGAGAGACGGGGGUACACCCUCAACUAGUCACCAGGGCACAUAACUAUUUGCACUCACAUUCACACCUAUCGGAAAUUUAGUCUUCAAUCAACCUACCACAUGUUUUUUGGAAUCUGGCAGGAAACCAAAGUACCCAGAGAAAACCCGCGCAGGGAGAACAUGCAAACUCCACACAAGAAAGGCCGUAUUUGAACCUCGAUCCUCAGAAUUGAGGCAGAUAUGUAAACCAGUGGGCCCCAAUUACACCUCAUACUAACCUGAAUGAUGAAGUACUGUAUUAGAAUAUAUAACGUAUCAAAAAUAGUGAUUGGGAAUUUGAAGAGUGCUGUAUAUGUAACACGGAUGGAUGCAAACAUUUAGUUGUCCUUCAGUGACGUCCCCCCCCCCCCAACCUAAAGAGGAUAUCUAUAUUUUAAAUGGAUACUAUACCCAUAUUCUUAUACCGACUGUAUAUGCUAGUCAUUUAGCUGGACUCUCAUAUAGUUAUGUAAUCUUACAUAAAAUUUUAUUUUUGAGAGAAAGAAUGGAUUUCCUGCAAUGUACUCAAGCCAUAUUUGUGUAAUAGUUUAUUGUUUCAUGAGCACGUUAAAGACAGUUCCUUAGAAUCAAAGCUUCUAAGUAAAAAGCCUUAACUUACUGCUGUGGAUUAAUUUUACUUUUUUUGAAACAUAGCUUCAGAGUUUUUUAUUUACUGUACGUUACAUUUCUUUCAAGCAAGAAGUAUUUGGUCACAUAUUUAGUCUUGAGGGACCUUCAAGGCAGCCAAAGAGUCAGGAGCUUUUGUCUUGUCUUUAAAGGUCUUUUUUUAAUGAUGUGAUCUCGGUAGCUGUUACAAUGUAGAGUGCAUUUCAAACUAAAUCGCUUUACUGAACCCGUCAGGUGUGCUCGCAUGGGCUCUUCCAUGCAAUGCCAUUAAAGUGUAUUCAAGUUUAGCUUUGAGAAGUUGAUUUACAUUCUGUACAUACAGUGGGCUCCUGCAUAAUUGUGUGGGGAAAAAACUUUUUCUUUCCAAUUUUUUUUCUUCACUUUUUGGGAGACAAACCAAUAAGUGCUAUUAGUUAAUGCCACUUAUUUGAGAACUUUUUUUUUUAUUCCCUCAAUGCAAUCAACCAAUGUCAAUUUUGCAGGUUUUCACUACGGUCCACUGUGGUGUAUAAAUGUUGCUAGACUAUCCUAAAGUUUCAAUGCAACUAUUACAUAAAUGUUACAUGUUUUUUUGGUGAAGGUGGCAUUGUGUUCAAUGUUUUCCCACUCAACAUUUGUCUUGAAGUGCUAUUGAGGGAAAAAAAAGCCUGUUACAGUCCUCCUGAACUAAUUAAAGUUGAAUGCCAAAUACUGUAAUGUUGUUCAUUUACGAAUAAAUGUACUAUAUACAUACU